AUGAGCUAUUUGGCUCCAGUUAAUUCUAGAAUUCAAGAAGUUAGAAACAUGAGCUACUGCCAAGCUACAACGUACAAGCCUCUUGGCGGGCUCACUUUGGACAGACCAUUAGGUCUUGGGAGAACUUGCAAAAUACUUCCUGAACAUUUUGUAUGGCAACAUUUUUCUAGAUCUUGCAAGCUGCAAGAGAAAGUAUAUCCAAGGCUUGUUGUUGCUGCUUGCCAUAAGAGGCUUGGUCCUGUAUAUGCCUCAAGCGGGAAGGGAAACCUUGAUCCAUUCUCUAUGGAAUCUUUGAACAAAGCAAUGGAUGGAGCAAAAAAGCAACAGUCCAUACAAGGCUUCCUGAUGGAGCAAAUGGCUAAGAUUACAGGACAGGGGUCUGGUGGAAAUGGAGGAAAUAAUAACCGUUAUGGAGGCAGCGGUGGUGGUUCUGAUGGCCCGGAUGACGAAUCUUUCACGGAUUCAUUGUAUGAAGUGGUCCAAGUUGUGUUAGCAACUGUUGCUUUUGUACUCACGUAUAUCCACAUCAUCAGAGGAGAGGAGUUGUACCGCCUUGCUAGGGACUACACCAGAUACCUCGUCACUGGCAAGAGAACGUCCCGGCUGAAGCGUGCCAUGCUUAACUGGCGUGAUUUCUCAGAUAGCAUCACAAAGAAUUUCAGCACACAAGACGAUGUGUAUCAAAGCCCGGUCGCUUCUGAAGCCAUGUGGUGGCAACAGCCCCAGAAGCUGGUUCAUCAUCUCGGUGACCUUUUCAGAGGCAACCUGCGUCCACAUGCCCAGGAAUCUUAA